AUGAAACAGCGAUUUAAUGCUUUAGACGUCAGAGCAACCGUGAAAAACCUCAAAGAGCGGUUGAUCGGCAUUCGUUUACAAAAUGUAUAUGAUGUCAAUUCUAAGACCUUCUUAUUCAAAUUUGCCAAACCCGACGAUAAAGAGCUUGUGCUACUUCGUAAACACCUUCGUACUCGACGUGUUACAAACGUUCGUCAGUUGGGUGUGGAUCGUAUCGUUGAUUUUGAAUUUGCAGGAGGCGAAAUGGGGAUUGGAUACCAUAUUAUUUGCGAGUUCUAUGCUUCUGGCAACAUCAUUUUGACAGAUCAUGAAUAUCGCAUCCUCGCUUUAUUACGUGCAGUUCAGCCUUCAGAAGAGCUGAAAAUCGCAGUGGGUGAGAUUUAUAAUAUUGAAACAGUGAAGGAUUUUGAAAAAGUAGACGAAGAACAUUUGAGAGCAGUAUUGAAGAGUGCCGGUCCUAAGGAUAAUCUGAAAAAGAUUAUGAAUAUUAAAUUUGAGUAUGGUCCUGCCAUGGUAGAACAUAUGAUUAUGGAAGCUCAUCUGGAUCCCAAUGUGAAGGUGGCUACUGAUUUCGAUACAUCUGCAGACUCACCGAUGGUGAAGGCCUUAUUGGAAGCUAUGGAUAAGGGACAUGAAGUAAUUAAAACUACACAGAACGCUGUGCCUCGAGGUUAUAUUAUUUUACUAGAUGACAAGCAUAAGCCGAAGGUUGAGGGUUCGGAGGAGGUUGAAAUUUAUGAUGAAUUUCACCCUUUCUUAUACAAGCAAUUCGAAAACCGGAAAUACAAAGAGUUUGACACUUUUGAUAAGGCAGUGGAUGAAUUUUUCUCGGCUAUUGAAUCACAAAAAUUGGAAAUGAAGGCCAGACGUCAAGAAGAAGCUGCUUUGAAAAAAUUAGAGGCUGUUCGCAAGGAACAGGAAAGCAGAGUACAAAGCUUGUUGGAUCAGCAACAUACCAAUGUUCGUAAAGCACAAGUGAUUGAAUUAAACUUGCAAUUAGUUGACGCUGCUAUCACCAUUAUUCGCAAUGCUGUAGCUAGUCAAAUGGAUUGGCAAGAUUUAAAUGAUUUAGUGAAAGAAGAGAAGAGAAGACAAAAUCCUAUUGCUAUGGUUAUUGACGGACUAAAGCUACAAACAAAUCAAAUAACGUUGCUCUUGUCAGAUCCUGAUAGUUUCGAGGAAAGUGACAGUGAAGAUGACGAAGACAGCGAGCAGGAAAAUGAUAUCAGUAAAAGCACUGCAGAAUCAAGCAAAGUGAAAGUAGACGUGGACAUUGGUUUAUCGGCUUUUGCUAACGCCAGAAAGUACUACGAGCAAAAGAAAACCACAGCCAGCAAACACGAAAAGACCCUUGAAGCUUCUUCCAAAGCAUUAAAGUCAGCUGAGCGAAAAAUCAGACAAGAUUUGAAGGAGACAAAAAUAACAGCUACCAUCAAUAAAAUCAGAAAGCCCUUCUGGUUUGAAAAAUUCUUGUGGUUUAUUUCUACUGAUGGGCAUCUUGUUAUUGCUGGACGUGAUAUGCAGCAGAAUGAAAUGCUAGUGAAGCGGUACUUGUUGAAAGAUGAUGUCUAUGUUCACGCUGAUCUUCAUGGUGCAGCCUCUGUCAUAGUAAAGAACAAGCCAAAUGCCAAUGGCCAACCCAUCCCUCCCAGCACAUUGUAUCAAGCUGGCAUCAUGUCUGUUUGUCAAAGUAAGGCUUGGGAUUCCAAAAUGGUGACCAGCGCUUACUGGGUCUAUCCCGAUCAGGUGUCAAAGUCUGCUCCUUCUGGAGAAUAUUUGACUACGGGUAGUUUCAUGAUUCGUGGUAAAAAGAAUUUCUUACCACCUGUUCAGCUUGUCUAUGGAUUUGGUUAUGUGUUUAAACUGGAUGAAUCUUCUAUUGGUAAUCAUGUAAAGGCACGUGUUGAAGAUCAUGGUCAGGCGAAUCAUAAGGUGGACUAUCGCGACGCUAUUGAGGAAAGCACAGCCAAAAAGGAGUCUGGUUCGAAUGAGCAGCUGCCCAAGAAAGAGAAAACUGACGCUACACCAACACCGGAAAAGGCUAAAAAAGACGAAAAUUCCGUUGAAAGCAAUGAUGAAACUAGCGACGAUAGCAAUGAGGAUAGCAGCAGCGACGAAGAAGAGAACGCUUUCCCUGAUACCCAACUCCAAUCACUUCCUGCCGAAACGGAUACCAAAAAAGACAGCCAUGAUGAUGAUAUGAAACCAUUAGCCAAGGCAGAUAAAUAUGAUUUACAAGAUUAUGGACAUGAUUCUGACGAUCAAGUAUCUUCUAGUAGCCGGUCGAGUGGAGCUAACACGCCUAGCAAAAAACGUAUCAGUGCCAAAGAACGUAGAUUGAUGAAGAAGUUGAAUGUCACAGAACUUACCGAAGCGAUUCUAUCUGAAAAGGAGAAAGCCAAGCAGCAGAAGCAGGCUCAACCAACGCAACAGCAACAAAAGGCAGCACAGGCGAAACAAAAGGCAGCAGCAGCAGCCCCUCCUCCUUCUACUCGUGGUCGUAAGAGUAAAGCAAAGAAGAUCAAGGAUAAAUAUGCCGACCAAGACGAGGAAGAGAGACAGCUUCGUAUGGAGUUGUUGGGCUCCAAUAAGGGACCUCAACCCAAAGGUAAAAAAGCAAAGCGUGAAGCGAAAGCCAAAGAAGAAAAGACGGCUCUAGAACGAGAAAAGGCUGCUAGAAAAGCAGCCGCGGAAGAAAAGGCAAGAAAGAAGGAGGGAGAAGCAAACGGCCAUGGGGAUGAUAUCAAGGGUACAGACGAUAAAGAUACAGAAACCAUUCGUCAAAUGCUAAAGGAAGAAAACAUCACCAUGCUUGAAGCAGAUGAAAUAGCCAACCUUUCCAUUCUAGAUUCUUUGACGGCCAAUCCAUUGCCUGAGGAUAUUAUUCAUUUUGCUAUUCCUGUAUGUGCGCCUUACGCUGCUAUACAGAAAUAUAAAUACAAGGUCAAGCUAACACCAGGUUCUCUCAAGCGUGGCAAGGCGGUGAAGCAAGCACAAUCUGUCUUUCUCAAUUUGAAUGAAGCUACUGCUCGUGAGAAGGAAUUGAUCAAGGGUGUUCCAGAUAUGGAGAGCAUCAAUACAAUGAUGAGUAAAGUCAAGGUAUCCGCUCCUAAUCUUGAAGCAAGCAAGCGAAAGAAGGCUGGAGGUAGAAAGUGA